UUUCCUUGCGUUUCCGAGCCCUUUCCCGGCUCUUUCUCCAUAAAAAUCCAAGAAAUUUUGGAAUUCUCCUUCCCAGCCCGAUCCAGGAUGGCAGGGAAAUGCGGAGCGUGCGGGCCGGGCUACGCCAGCCCCCUGGAGGCCAUGAAAGGGCCGCGGGAGCGGCUGCUCUACCUGCCCUGCAUCUACCGCAACACCGGCAUCGGCAUUCCCGACUUCCUGGCCACCGUGGACGUGGAUCCCCAAUCCCCUCGGUACUGCCAGGUGCUGCACCGGCUGCCCAUGCCCCACGUGGGGGACGAGCUGCACCACUCGGGCUGGAACGCCUGCAGCAGCUGCCACGGGGACGCCUCCAAAUCCCGGGAUUUCCUCAUCCUGCCCAGCCUCAUCUCCUCCAGGAUCUACAUCGUGGACGUGGCCACCGACCCCAGGGCGCCCCGCCUGCACAAGGUGGUGGAGGCUGAGGAGUUGUCCCGGAAGGCGGCGGCCGCGUUCCCGCACACCUCGCACUGCCUGGGCUCGGGGGAAAUCCUCAUCAGCUGCCUGGGGGAUCCUCAGGGACGCGGAAAAGGCACUUUCGUCCUCCUGGAUGGAGAAACCUUCGAGGUGAAAGGAAAUUGGGAAAAGGGAGGAAAAAUUCCCAGCUUUGGCUACGACUUCUGGUACCAGCCCCGGCACAACGUCCUGCUGAGCAGCGAGUGGGGCGAGCCCAGGGCGCUGGCCCAGGGCUUCCACCCCGGGCACGUGCAGCAAGGGCUCUACGGGCGCCGGAUCAACGUGUGGGACUGGAGCGAGCGGCGCCUGAUCCAGGAGCUGGAUUUGGGGUCGGGCUCGAUCCCCCUGGAAAUUCGGUUCCUGCACGACCCCAAAGCUGCCCUGGGCUUUGUGGGGUGCGCCCUGAGCGGGGAGAUCUGGAAAUUCCAGAAAAACUCCGAAGGAAAAUGGGAAGCAGAGAAGGUGAUUGUGGUGCCCAGCAAGAAAGUCCAGGGAUGGCUCCUCCCAGAAAUGCCAGGUUUGAUCACGGAUAUUCUGAUUUCCCUGGACGACAAAUUCCUUUAUUUCAGCAACUGGAUCCACGGGGACGUGCGCCAGUACGACAUCAGCGACCCCGGGCACCCCAAACUCGUGGGGCAGGUUUUUUUGGGAGGCAGCAUCUGCAAAGGGGGAGCAGUGACCGUGCUGGAGGAUCAGGAGCUGCAGGAGCAGCCAGAGCCCUGCAUCAUCCAGGGGAAGAGGAUCCCAGGGGGGCCCCAGAUGCUGCAGCUCAGCCUGGACGGGCGCCGUCUCUACGUGACCACGUCGCUGUUCAGCGCCUGGGACCGGCAGUUCUACCCCGAGAUGAUGACGGAGGGCUCGGUGCUGCUGCAGCUGGACGUGGACCCGGAGCGGGGGGGGCUGAGCCCCAAUCCCAAAUUCCUGCUGGAUUUUGGGAAGGAGCCGGGGGGGCCCUGCCUGGCCCACGAGGUUCGAUACCCGGGGGGGGACUGCACCUCGGACAUCUGGGUCUGAUCCUGGAAAUUCGGGAAUUUUAUGGGAAUUCCCUGGGAAUCUGGGGGUCUGGGAAUGGGGGACUGCACCUCGGACAUCUGG